CAUCUCCAUCAACGGCUUGAAAUCGUGGGAACCCAAUCCCUCGCCGUGCAUUAGCAUUCUAUCUCAUCAGCAAUGGCCACCAUGCCGCUAACCUUCUCCCCGCCUCGCCUCCUCCACCGCCACCGCCGCCGCGAAGCCAAGCCCCAACGCCGCUCCGCCACCCGAGUCUCCCUCCUCCCUCGACGGGGAGCGGCCUCGGCGCGGCGGCCGCUGUACUGCGCCCCCGGUGGCGGCGGCGAAGUCUCCGCCCCUCCAGCCACCGAGCAGCAGGAGCAAGCGGCGAAGGAGGAGGAGGAGGAGUACACGCUCCUCGCCAUCACCGGUAGCGACUUCAACGAGGUCAUCAUGAUCAUCGACUCGCCCGCCACCCGCUACCUCCUCCUCGACACCAACCGGAAUGUUCACAGCGUUCUCCCCAAGACCGGAGUCUGGACCAACUCAUAUUGGGAUGAGUUCGUGAGCCUACCAGCUGUUGUUCCACGUGGUCCUGUUGCUCUUCUAGGAUUGGGUGCUGGGACUGCAGCACAUCUGAUGCUAAAAUUUUAUCCUUGGUUGCAACUUGUUGGAUGGGAGAUUGAUCCUAAGAUAAUUGAACUGUCAAGGGAUUAUUUUGGUUUAUCUGAUUUAGAAAAGGCAACAGAAUCAGGUGGUUCACUUUCUGUGCGCAUUGGUGAUGCACUUUCUCCGUCAGCUACAAUUGAAGGAGGGUUUGCUGGUAUUGUUGUUGAUUUGUUUGCUGAUGGGAAGAUCAUACCUCAGCUACAAGAAGUUGAAACCUGGUUGGAAAUCGCGAAAAAGCUAAUGCCAGAUGGACGGAUCAUUGUUAACUGUGGUGGAGCUGAUGCUGCUGUAUCUCUUGCUAAUGAUACGGGCCUUUCGUCCUGGGUUCAGAAUUCCACAAUUAAGGCACUCUGUGCUGCAUUUCCGGGGCAGCUCAACUGGAAGAGACUAUCAGAGAAAGAGAGUGUAAAUUACGUUGCAUUGACGGGUCCUCUUCCAAACUUGGAUGAGUGGUCUACCUCAGUUCCUAGUGAGAUGAGCACAAAAGUGAAACAGUGGGUACCUUGCGAACUUGCUUGAGGUUGAGAAUGAACAAUUUCUUCUAGAUGUACCCUAUUUGCUUCAACAACUUGUGUGCCCCCUCUGUUGAUGGCUCUCUUUCUGGCAUAUGCCUCUGAUGCAACACUGAAAUGUUCAAGGAAUAGAAGUGCAAGGUAAUUGAGCCACACUCAAAUUUUGUUUCUGAAGUUAAGUAGCAUAGCGAAGUGAAGCAUAAGUUGAACUCAGUGAAUGUGCGAAUGUUGGAAGGUUGUCAAGACAAACAAGCAGCACGAAGUUCAGAACAUACUACACGACAGUUUUGUCAUCUCUUACUGUUAAUAUUCAUGCAUUUUUGUUUGAAGGAAAAAUCCAUGUCAGCUUCGUAAAGUGACAAAUUGGUUUGUCUGAACAGCUGUCCAGUAGCUUUCACUGACAAAUACUGUUCGUUAGUAGCUUUCACUGAUAGAUGCAUGGAUGGUACUUCCCCCUUCAUGAGGGCUCUGAAGAAAGCAACCAUGCUGUACUGCUGCUUGUGUGAUUGAGCAGAAUCAAUGCACCGGAGGAGUAACAUGCCUCCAUGCCGGUUGCGCUCUGCAUACUUUUUUCUGUUCUAGAUUGAUUGUGACGAUAUAUCACAUGCCUGGUAAAUGUUCAGGGUAUUAAGCGCAUGCACUAUAAUGAAUGAUGAUGCUCGAUGGCAUGAUCUUGUUGUGCUAACUUGUUGGGUUACUUGAUGGAAA